AUGGCAAAUCCAAAUGUGAAAAUUCAAUAUAAUCAGAUAUUUAUCAACAACAGUUUUGUAAACUCUGUAAGUGGAAAAACUUUUGCUACAAUCAAUCCGGCUAAUAAAAAGACAAUUGCCAAUGUUGCUGAAGGAGAUAAAGAAGAUGUUGAUUUGGCUGUUAAUGCAGCCAGAGCUGCAUUUCAACCAACUUCUGAAUGGCGUACAAUGGACGCAUCUGCUCGAGGCAAAUUGAUCUAUAAGUUCUCAGAAUUGAUGGAAAAAAACAAAAUUAAUUUGGCAAAUUUAGAAUCAUUAGACAAUGGUAAACCGUAUACUAGUUCUUUAUCAGAUGUACAGUUGGCUGUGAAAGUUCUUCAAUAUUUUGCUGGAUUUGCUGAUAAAAUUCAUGGAAAAACUAUACCAUCAGAUGGACCAUAUUUUACUUUCACCAAACGUCAACCUAUUGGAGUAGUUGGAUCAAUUAUACCAUGGAACUAUCCAAUUGUUUUAGCCAUAGUAAAAUUAGCACCAGCACUUGCUACUGGAUGUACUGUUGUAUUAAAACCAGCUGAACAAACUCCUCUUACUGCUUUGUACCUAGCUGCAUUAUCAAAAGAGACUGGAUUUCCCGAUGGAGUCAUUAACGUCGUACCUGGGUAUGGUCCAACUGCAGGUAAAGCUAUAUCUAGCCAUCCGGAUGUAAAUAAAGUGACCUUUACUGGAUCGACAGAAGUUGGAAAAUUAAUUAUGGAAGAAGCUGCCAAGUCUAAUUUAAAACGUGUUUCAUUAGAAUUAGGCGGUAAAAGUCCUCUUGUAAUAUUUGAUGAUUUUGAUGUCGACGAGGCUGCUAAGAUUGCUCAUGAUUCUAUAUUUGUCAACAUGGGUCAAAAUUGUUGUGCUGCUUCUAGAACAUUUGUUCAAGAAAAUAUUUAUGAUGCAUUUGUCAAAAAAGCCGCACAAUUGGCAUCUAAUAAGAAAGUUGGAGACCAAUUCGAUGCCGAUACAGAAAUAUGGCCUUUAGUAAGCGAAGAACAAUACAACCAAGUCUUGAGUUAUAUUGAAUCUGGUAAAAAAGAAGGUGCCAAAUUAGAAGCUGGUGGAUCUAAAGUAGGUGACACAGGUUAUUAUGUGUACCCUACUGUAUUCUCAAACGUGACUGACAAUAUGAAAAUUGCUAGAGAAGAAAUAUUUGGACCAGUUCAGCAGAUUAUUAAAUUCAAAACUUUGGAUGAAGUGAUAAACCGAGCUAAUGAUACUAAAUAUGGAUUAGCUGCUGGAAUAUUAACAAAAAAUAUGGAUACUGCCAUGAAGUAUAUGGACAAUAUUAAUGCUGGUUCAGUUUGGAUUAACAGUUACCUUGUCUAUUCAGCACAAAUCACAUUUGGAGGAUUUAAUCAAUCUGGACUUGGCAGAGAAUUAGGAGAAGAUGGUUUAAAAGAAUACUUGGAAAUCAAAACUGUCUCAAUCAGACAAUAA